CUGGGUGAGGGUCCCGUGUCCCUGGGGAGGCCCUGGGCAGCUGGCGGGGGGUUGUGGGACAGCAGACUUGGCACUGAGCCUCUCCAGGUGCCUGCAGGUGUGAAGGAGGACUCGUUCAACGUGCUGGACCUGGCAGAGUACACCAAGAACAGGCCCUGGUGGCGCAAGGUCUUCGCCCCCAGCUCAGGGUCGAGUGCUGAGAAAUACAACGUGGCCACACAGCUGGUGAUCGGAGGGGUCACGGGAUGGUGUACUGGAUUCAUCUUCCAGAAAGUUGGAAAGCUUGCAGCGACAGCGGUGGGAGGUGGCUUUUUCCUACUUCAGAUUGCAAACCACACGGGAUACAUCAAAGUGGACUGGAAGCUAGUAGAACGGGAUGUGAACAAAGCCAAGCAGCAGCUGAAAUUUCACAGAAGUGGUAACAAAAUGCCUCCAGAAGUGAAAAGCAGAGUGGAUGAGGUGAUCAUAUUUCUGAAGAAGAAUGUUAUCCUGACUGGAGGGUUUGCUGGAGGAUUCCUGCUUGGAAUGGCAUCCUAGAAACUGCGCUCAACUCUCCCUUCAUGCCUACCCUCCCCUGCCCUCCUCUACUGCUAUUCUCUCUCACUUAGAACUCAAAGGAUGUUGCCAACAGGCUCAGUUCCUUCUGCUCCCAGGUUCCAGCCCUUAUUUCUAACGGUGCUGCCUCUGAUUUCCAACUUUUUCCUCUGUCUGGGCUGUUAGGGUGCUGGAAUCAGUCUGAAAGCUUAUGACUCCCAGUGUAUCGUUGUGAUUCCUUUUCCCACCAAAUAUGCCCAGUCCCAAAGUUUCUGAUGAGUUGCAGCCUCAUAAACAUGCAGUAGCAGAGAAAUAUCUUAAAUGCUCUUCUUCCCAGGUGGUCAGGGCUGUUACAUGUACAUUUGUCUGCCAGUAUACGUGUACAACUGCUGUGAGCUGUUCACUGAUAUUUAGCUUGCACUUUUUCUGCCCUGGUACUUGGAAAGCCUGUGAUUCCUUCUGCACAGAGAUGGUGUGUGCAGUUUAAAAUGUCCUUGGCUGUCCUGGGUGGAUGGAGAAUUGUUAAGGGACACCCUGGGCUGUGUCCAGGACAGGUGGAUAAGGAACAAGUUCAUGCUCUGUAUGGUGCUGGGGGUUCUCCUGCCCUCUCCCUGCCAUUGCACUGCACAUAGAUGGAUGGCUGUUCGGGUUCUCUUCUGCUGCUAUUUAUACCCCUUACUGGAAUUGCAGCACUGGCACUGCUGAUGGAAACUGAGCACUGUGGGUGACUCUCCAGGCCCUUUCCUCAUCGUGUGUUCUGAAAUUCACCAAGCUUCCUGCACUGUAGAGCACCUUUCUUGCUUGCUAGCUGACUGCUCAGCCUUUGAAAUGUGCUGAGGCGCACCCUUGUGGCAGGCAGGCUUCCAGCGUGCUUGACUUGUCUGUGUCAGGCUAGCUGGCCAUUUACUGUAAAUCACCUUGGGCCUAGACUGGUGUUUCUAGGUCUGCCAUGACCUUUUCUGGCCGCUUUGGCUAUGCUCUUAGAGCUGUAACCACGUGGGACAGGACUGUAGACACGAAAUGCAUCCCUGUAGGGUACAUUCUACUGGUCCAGGGUCCCUGUUGCCAGCUCUACUGGGGUGGUGGCGGGGGAGGAUGUGAAAUCUGGAGUGUAGUCCUCUACCUGCCUCUACAAAGCACAAACUCCAUGUCCCUGGUCUCUGCAAGCAACUGAAAUGAUGACACUUGGGAAAACCAGGUUGUGCUCUUGUGGGAGUGGGUAAUUUCCAUACUUCCCUCUUGGUUAUGUUCCUUCCUUUUUUGUUUACCAUUUCCACGAAAAAAGCUGCUUGCUUAAUUCCAUCAGCUGCAGCCCCUCUCCUGCAGGUGAUGAGGUAGCUCAGCUGUUUUUGGACGUUCUGUCCCAGUGCAGCUGUGAGCAGAGUAGAACUCUAUAAGAGAAAAAUCACA